UUAUUAUUUACAUUUCUUGAUAUUCUGCCAUUUCUUUGUAUCGUUAUUUAUGAUGUAUUUAAUAUCCAACUGACAAAAAUCAUUCUGUUUUCUUUAUUUACUAAUUGUUGAAUAAAGACAAAAUAACUACUGAUCGUACUGCAAGUAAUAACGGAAGACAGUCUACGUAAACUAAAUUCUAUUUGACGAUCAUAUCGAUAGUAGUUUAAUUUUGCUUCUGUUGAAAGAAAUCGAAAUAUCGAAUUAUUACUUUCCUGAAAGAAUUAUUUUUGCAAACUUGAUCAUUAAACCUCGCAAACACAAUUUAUGUGAGACGCAGUCCUUUUGCAGGUAAAUUGUCUUGCAUCAAUGUGUCAUCAAAAUGUAUAUACGUUUAAAAUCUUUCAGUCUUCUAGCGAUUUAAAUUUCAUAUUAAAUAUAACGAUACACAUUUGAUGUAUUAAAUGACGUCUUCUUAUUAAUAUCUUCCCGUGGCAUCUGAUAUUAAUAAUGUAUCCUUUCAAAUUACCGAUGAAGAUGGUAGAGUCAGAUCACAGUGAGACGGAAGAAGAAAACAUGAUUAAGUUAGAGCUAGAAUUGGAUAGCGAUACCGAUGCAACAACGUCAAGAAAAAGAUCACGAAUGGAAGAUUCCGAGGAUGAGGAACAAGGAUUGCCUAUUAAGAAACAUCGGAAUUCAAUCAGCAAACAGUCGGAAAUAUUAAAUGAAAAUAAUGCUGAAGCCAACAAGAAUAAUGCAGAUGAAUACAAUGGAAAGGAAGAAAGACAUAGGACAUGUUUAGAAAGCAAAGAGAACGCUGAUAAAAAGUUGCCAUCUGAAUUAGAUAUGGAUAGGGAAAAUGUAAAGAAACAAGAAGACAAGUCGAUAAAGCAAACAGAUGAGAGCGAAAGUCAUUUGGAUAAGAACAUUUCCAGUAAUGAAGCUUGUGUUAAAAUAAAGGUUGAAAAGGAGGACACAGAAAGUGAGGAUAAUUCAACCAGAGAGCCAGUUGCAAAUACAAAUGCAAUGUUUCUUUCCAAUGAUGGGGAAAUAAAAAAAGAACUUAUCAAAGAAAAUGAAGUUAAUGAAGAAGAAAGUGUCAAGGAAGUCGAAACAAAACAGAAUUGUACUAAUAAUCGAUCUGUGGAUACGGAAGUAGUGGACGGAUUAGAACUCUCAGUGGAAUGCGCAAGUGAUAAAGAGCUGAGCUCGGAGAGUGAGGACGAGACGAACGUGAAACCGCGGCAGAAGACGAUAAUCGUUAAAGUUAAACCAGAGGAGUCAGAGGUGGAAUGUAGCUCAACGGAGGAAGAAAAGCCUAAUGUGCAAGAGAUCCUUAACAUCAAAGUUGAAGUGCAAAAAAAGAAUGUGAAAAGAAAAGAUGCUCGAGUAAAUUCGAGCAAAGUGAAAACCUCUGGGUCGGAGGACAGUCACAAUAACGAUUCAGACGAGGAUUACAGUCCGCGAAUUAAGAAAAAGAUCAAGAGAUCGACAAUGAAGAGACAGAAACGAAGCGAAAGUACAAAGAAGAACUCUCCUGAGAAAAAUGCAGAAUGUGCAUCUGAUGAUGAAGCUGAUGCUGACAUAACAGUGGCACAAGAAGCGAUAAAAAUGAAAAAUGACACGGACACGGAAGAGGAUUUGUCGGAAAAGGAAUCUUCGACGACGACGAGUAAAAGUGAGAGUAAAACUUCUGAGGAUGAAAAGAAGUCGAGAAAGAAUAUGAGGGAAAAACGUAGUAAUGAUAGAUGGAACAAACACAUACAAACACUGAAAAAAUACUUGAGUGCUGCUGGGAUCAAGAUAAGAUCCUACAAUGAUAUUUGGGCAGAUUGCAAGACCAAUACAGCGAAAAUUAAACGCCUGAAGGAAUUAUUGGAAAAGAACGGCGUCAGUGGGAGGCCAACGUUGGAAAAAUGUAAACGAGUGAAAGAAAAAAAUGAGGAAAUGCGGGAAAUAUCGGAAUUAGAUGUAUCUAAUAUUAUAUCUGAAGGACGCGUUACACGUGCACGAAGAAAUAUAGAUAACGGUAAGAAGGCAAUAUCUCCGAGUACACCGCCAGGACAUCGAGAAGCUUUCAAUACAUUUAAACGGAUUAAAACUGUUGUUGAUAGUGAUUCCGAAUAGAAUAUUGGACGCUCGCGAUAGAUUUCCGCUAUUAUCACGAGUAUUGAGAUCUGUACGAAUAUUGCAUUUAUAUUUCAAGUAUUUGUAUUAUUCACGAAUUUUCGGAUGUAUAUGUGGCGAGGAAAACACGAGAUACGCACGUCCAUAUUACGCGUACGUAUAGUUGAAUAAUCUAACGUUAGUUUCUGAAAUAUUUCUAUUAGUUUUUGUGUUAAGAAAAAUAUGUAAGAAAGAAAAAAAUAUCUAUAAAGAAGGCAUUGUGUGAUUUAAAA